GAAAUCGCACAAACAUUCACCUCAUGUGUCUGAGCAGCCGCUUGUUCUUUUCCGAGAGCUUCUACCCUCUGUGAUAUUAUUGUUUGGAUAUAGCGAGAGCUUAGAGUUCUGAGGAAUAACUUGGAAGUCCUAAGAUCUGUGCCAGUUUAGGGUUCCUCUGUACUAUUAUCAUGCAAUUGACUUGGAUAUCUUAAAUAAGAUCGACUUGAACGUCUAUAACUAGAAAUAAAUCAUUUUCAAGCGGAUUGCGUUGCCAAAUUGAAACAUGAUGAACAAGAACGGCAUGGUGACAAAAAUCCACACCAGAAUAAGGACCGAAUCUUUCACAAGCAAUUAUGAGCUUCUUGGCAAAGAAUUGGGCAGGGGAAAGUUUGCCGUGGUGAAGAAGUGCAUUGAGAAGGCGACGGGGAAGGAACACGCCGCCAAGUUCCUGAGGAAGCGGCGGAAGGGCGGAGACUGCCGCAUGGACAUCAUCAACGAGAUCGCUGUCCUGGAGUCAGCCAAGGCCAACCGCUACGUGGUGGCUCUGCACGAGGUGUACGAGACCAGCUCGGAGAUCAUCCUCGUCCUCGAGUGUGCUGCGGGCGGGGAGAUCUUCAACCAGUGUGUUGCCGACAACGACGAGGCCUUCACAGAGAAUGACGUCAUCAGACUGGCGAGGCAGAUCUUGGAUGGUGUGGCUUUUCUGCACUGCAACAACGUGGUGCACCUGGACUUGAAGCCCCAGAAUAUCCUGCUGACCAGCGCCAGGCCUCUGGGGGAUAUCCGCAUCGUGGACUUUGGCCUGUCCAGACGCAUGGACAGUGUGACAGAGGUCAGGGAGAUCCUGGGCACCCCGGAGUAUGUUGCUCCAGAGAUCCUGAGCUAUGAACCCAUCAGCACAGCAACAGACAUGUGGAGUAUCGGGGUGUUGACGUACGUCAUGCUGACGGGGGAGUCUCCCUUUCUGGGAGACACCAAGCAGGAGACCUUCCUGAACGUCUCCCAGGUCAACGUGGACUACUCCCAGGACACCUUCGAGGGGGUCUCCCCUCUGGCAAUCGAAUUCAUCAAGUCCCUCCUCAUUAAGAACCCCAGGAAGAGAGCCACUGCAAUGGACUGCCUCAGUCACCCCUGGCUAAACGGCCCCUCCCACAACCACCUCCACCACCUCCCCAGCCCCGUGUCCUCAUUGGAUGAGCCUGAAAUGAGCCAAUCAGAGUCUGAGCCAGAGAGCCCCGCCCCCUGCCCAGACCUGGACACCAGAGGCUCGUACCUGACGUGCCCGGGCCAGGGGGAGCUGAAGGCAGGCAGGGACACCUUCUCCUUCACUGAGACACACUUUCCCACACGGCCAGAGAUCCAGCAGGAGCUCAUAUGCUGAGGUGUGGACCACUCCUGCCUCGUCCACUGACUGAAGAGAUGGACAGUGAGAGCCUGUGUGGUCCGAUACUGGGCCCUGCUAUUGCUCUGUCUGUGUGACUGUAUGCAUGCAUGCUGCUGCUGCUGCGGUAGGUGUGUGAUGUCUCUUGACAUCUUUAAACUCAUGCCCGAGUGUGUGUGUGUGUGUGUGUGUGUACCCUAUGCUGGUAGCUGCUUGUCUGAAGUGACACAAGUGCACUCUCUGCAUGUGCAGCCCAGCCGCUGACCUGUGUGGCUGGACAGAGGGACAAAUGACUUCCUGACAUGGUGGGGGUAGGCAUCGCCAGGUUGCCAUGGGCGUUAGCCCUUGUUGUUUGAACCAGGGCUCUGAUCUUUCCUAUGACUUCAGUCCUUGUGAACUGGUGGCAGGACCAGUUUGAUUCCUUCCCAGGAUGACCUCCUCUGUGCCUUCCUGGAUGACAGUUAUUUACAGGAUGAAGGAUCCAGAGGGGACGAUGACUGACCCUGCUUAGAAAGCAAAAGAGCACCAGGUCAGGGAAGUGACCUCACGGAACCCAAUCACAAGUGUCAAAUGCGUGUUUUAUGUAUGUGUGUUUUUGUGUGACCACUUUUGGCUCCCAAAUAUACAAAGUCACCAGGAUGCCCACAAUGUUGUAGUUUAAAAGACAAUCUCGAGCACUUUCUGUACAAUUUCUGUCGUUGAUCUUCACAUAUGGUAAGAAACCAAAGUCUUGAUAAGAUGUAAAGCACAGUUGAGUUAAGUGACUUUGACUCCAUUCACAAAUGACACAAAUGUACAUAGUUUCAGUCCACUCCAUGUUGCAUCACUCCUCCACCACGUGCCUCACAGUAGCCUCUAUUGUGAUUUGUUUAUGGUUUUCCUGUACUUUUGUAAGAAUAUUUUGCUAUUGUUGCACAAAUUGUCCUUCUGUAUACUGUCAUUCAUUUGCCAUUCGAUAUAUCGCCAUGGAUAUCCUUCUGCUUAACAUAGUGAUGCGUUCAUAAGAGAGGAGUCUGGUGAUUUCACAAGCGGUUCAGUUUGAUGUUUGACUUGAUUGGUGGCUUAAAUUAUUUUCUGUCCUGCAGAGGUCCAGCUUAGUAAGGCCCGACAGCUUUUUGUAAAACGCCACGUAGGAGAGAAACAAGAUAAUUUUUUUUGAGAAAUUCUUGUUUUAAAAAGUACUGAAAUGUAUGUUGUGUUAAAGAUUAAUCUCUAAAAUAUUUUUUCUAUUCUUUUAAGAAGCGUAACUGUUAAACAAAGAUUGUACUGUAUAUUUCUUUUUUUUACAUGGUCUUUGUAAUUAUUUGUCUUCCAUUCCUGUUUUCUACUAAUGAACUUCAGGUAGGUUUGCACUUGUGUCCAUUUGGACUACAUUAAAAUUAAUAAAUAUUGUUGGCAUGCCUAGAAAAAUGUAUUGAAUGAGAGAAUAAAUAUACAUUUUGUAUCAAA